AUGGCCUCUGGGACUAGGGCGCGAGACCCGCAGGCACCGUGCCCUCCACGCGCUCGAAGGGGUCGUCGUCGUUGGCGGCGUCGUCCCUGGACGGGUGGCACGAUCCCCGGACUUUCGAGCGCCAACGGAAAGGUGGUCGUAUGGGAACGGGAUCCGAAUCUUCGAGCGUCGCCUAGGCUUCGUCGCGGAGGGGAUGCCGCCGGCGAGGCCUCAGAGAUCGACCUUGGGGAGGAUGGUCGCGAUGCUGUGAGGGAGCUCGGUCGAGAGCGGGACGCCGCAAUCCUUUCAGCUGCCUUGAUCUGGUCCUCCCCUUGGUCGCUGGUCCCCUUGGUCGCUGGUCCCUCUGGUCCUCUGGUCGCGGUCCCCCCUGGUCCCCUGGUCGCGGUCCCCCCUGGUCCCCUGGUCGCGGUCCCCUCUGGUUCCCUGGUCGCUGGUCCCCCUGGUCCCCGGUCUGGUCCUCAAGUUCAAGGUUCCCCCAGAAUAGGAUCGCCGGCGUCCAACGCUGGUGGUUCGGCAGCCGGCCUCUACGUGGCCUGGGGGACUAGUACCCUUCGGGGGAAGCCAACGGCUGUUUCGGACCUGCGCGCAUCGCGAACGCUCGCUCGCUCGCGGCGUUGGUCUAUAGGCGCAGCUUGA